UUUCCGUAUUUGAAGAAGUUAGAGAAAUGGAAGAAUUAUUAAAAAAACUUGCUGAUGCUGUAUUUGUGCUUCCUUUAACCGCCGGUCAACUGUCAAGAAAGCGUAAUACCGGAGUUGAUGGUGUUUCGCCUGGACUUGAUGGUACUGUUACUGGACCAGUUUUGUGUAUCACAGCAUUAGCAAUACUUUGUCAAAUAUUUUCCCUCAGCUCCCAUGGGUCACAUUCGUCCCAUAACAGUGUUCUGACAUUAAUGACCAUUUUUGUUUUUCUCAGUGUAGCAUCCUGCAUUGCUAUAUCAAUAUAUUCACAGACAAGACCAGAUGUGCACAGAAACACACAUGAUUGGAAUAUUAGCAUUGCUCUCGAAAUCCGAUUUUACUGGUUAUUUAGCUUGGCUUGUUUAGCUUAUGUGAUUAUAAAAUUAUGUUUUCAUAUUGAGUGCUUUCAUAUAAAUCACCAGCGUGUUAACGUUUCCGUCUUAAUCGCCAAUGAUGUCGGAUUCCUUCUAUUCUAUUUAUUUCAGACCGGAUUUUUUACUCGGUACCUGCAUUAUAGAUUUGAGCAUCGUAUUGGUGUGUACUAUGGAUUAUUGAUAAUUGUUAUUACAAAUCUUUCCAUAUUUUGUCACGAAUUUGCUAUCCUUUACCAUGACCCACUGUCACAUUCACAUUGGAAUGCUACAGUUACUGACAAAUGUCAUAACAUGUCAGUUAGCACGUUUGUAAUCUUAAAGAACUCAAAUCCUUUUUUACACCCAGCACUCUUCGAAUAUUCAUUACUAACAAUGAUAUUUCUUUCCAAAGUUUGGCCAAGGGAAUCUUGUAGCGACGACAUUCAGAGAGCUUCCGGAGGUUACGAGAACGUUUAUGAAAGUAUUGAUUACGAAGAAUCAAGCCGGUUAGUAGAGAGACGACGUGCUUCAAAUCAAACAGAAAUUGCCUUUUUAAGUUUGAAUACAACUUCCAGCACUGAUAUCAACCGCCGAACCCGGAAGUUUAUUAGUAUAUCUUUGGCUGUUAUAAUAAAUAUGCCGGCAGUAGUUUUACACAUACUUAACAUUAUAAACGAAGAAUCAAUUACAGAGUUUGCCUCUACAAUUUACAAUAUAGUCCAACAACUCGUCAUAUUGUACCUUAAUUUAAGAUGUUUCUAUAUGAUGAAAAACCAGUGCGAGCUUCGAUCUCGUGAAAUACGCAGAGAACAAUACACAAGCAGAGCAAAUCACUUCUAUCAUUUGUUACGAUGA